AAAUAAAGGCACAUGGAGCAUGCGCAGUAAUGAGACCUAACUGGGUUUAAUCCGAAUCGACGCCCGCUGCUUUUUGCUCUGGGCGCGAUCCCCUUAAAACCCCGAACGUUUGGAGUGCGUACGUCAUCCUCACUGCAUUUCGCGCGGGGGGGGGGGGGAACCACCGGCUGAGAUCUCGCGGCAGUUUGCCAAGAUUGGUCCCGCCCCCCCUCUCCCGCGUACCCACCAAUCAGGACAGGAGGCGGCGGUGACUGACGUGACGGCGAGCCCGAGCCCCGGUUGGGUUGAAGUUGGAGGGGAGUCGGGGCAGAGGCCUGUGUGAGGUGGCCUCUGUCGGUAUGAAGGAAGACAAGGAGAACGCCAAGCCCAGGGACAAGAAAGCGGAGGCUAAAUAUGAGGAGCGGGCGGAGAGACCCGAAAAAAAGGAGAAGAAAGAGGCUCUGACCAAGGUGGUGAUCCGCCGUUUACCCCCUAGUUUGACAAAAGAACAACUGGAGGAGCAACUUGCCCCAUUACCUGAACAUGAUUACUUUGAGUUUUUUUCUACCAAUUCAAGUUUGUUUCCCCACAUAUUUUCUAGAGCAUACAUAAACUUCAAAAACCAAGAAGAUAUUGUGCUCUUCAGGGAUCAAUUUGAUGGUUAUGUUUUUAUUGACAGCAAAGGUCAGGAAUACCCUGCUAUUGUAGAAUUUGCCCCAUUUCAGAAAAUUCCAAAAAAGAAAAGCAAGAAAAAGGAUGCAAAAGCAGGAACUAUUGAAGAUGGUACGGACAAUAUACAUUUUAGUGACGAUCCCGAAUAUAAGAAGUUCUUGGAGAGUUAUAAUAAUGUGGAUGAUGAGAAAAAUUCAAACAAUCCUGAAACACUUCUGGAGGAAAUUGAAGCAAAAACAAAAGAACUAGCAGCCAAGAAAACAACUCCCCUUCUGGACUAUGUAAAAACUAAGCAGAGAAUAAGAGAGGAAAAAAGAGAAGAAAGGAGGAGACGAGAGCUGGAAAAGAGGAGACUCCGAGAAGAAGAAAGAAGAAAAUGGAGAGAGGAUGAAAGGCGGAAAAGGAGAGAAGCAGAGAAGCAAAAGAAAAUGGUAGAGAAAGGAUUUGAUAAAGAAAAGGAUCGAUCAAAGGAUGAACCUAAGAUAAAGCUUCUGAAGAAGCCAGAAAAAGGGGAUGACUGUAGCAUGGAAAAGCCAAAGGACAAAAUAAAGAAACUGGACAGAGAAAGAGCUAAAGAAGACAGGUUGUUCAGUGGCCAGGGAAAACGCCUGGAGAGUUCCAUCAAGGAUGAUAAAGGAAAGAAGUUUGAAGAUGAUGGCGGAAGAGAGUACCGGGAAAAAGAGGAAAGGGAACGGGAGAGAAGGCUGAAGGAGAAAGAGCGCCAGAAACGCCAAGAGGAAGAACGGCGGAAGCCGAGGGAGCGGUCUGAGGCUGACAAGCCUUUCAGAAAAAAAGACGAAGAGAUAAAGAAGGAGAAGGAUCAGUCAAAUGAAAAAACUAGGAAAAAGGAAGGCUUAGAGAUCACAUCAAGUUAUGACAAAUCAGAGAAGGGAAAAGAGGAUAAGAAGGAGGAAAGUACAAUUAAAAAAGAACGAAUCAGGAAUAAGGACCGCCCUACAAUGCAGCUGUACCAGCCAGGGGCACGGAGCCGCAGCCGGUUAGUGGCGUUUUCAAAGUCUAGCGAAAGCAAUAUAAAGUCAGUAGAAGAAAGCGAGGAGAAAAAGGAGCCCGAGGCUUCUGGAAACAUUGCUGAAAAGGAGAGUGAGGAAUGAAAAAGCUGCUGCUCGCUCAGUGAUUGAGCAAUCACAGUAUGCCAACCGUGUGGGGAAAUCCAAAAGUGCCCUUAUUGGAGAUGAGCUUGGAGAAUGAGAAUGGUGCAUUUUGCUUGUCAGAUUAAAAUGUUUGAAACUGGUAAUUUCCCAAUAUUAAGAAAGGAGGUUUCUUUUGUCAUCACAGUUGUGACAGGGUACUGAUGUGCAAGAUUGUUGCAGUUGGAGAUUAACUGGGAUGUAAAUUAGAUGUUGCGCUUACUAGACAGAUGCUAGUAACUCUGAAAUGUACUAGCCAACAGCUUUGAUAUGAGCUAAUGAUACCAAUGAUAUCCCAUUAUUUACGUCAGGGUAGGCAAGAGGCGAGUAAAAAGGAUGUAUUCUGUUAGCUAUAGCAGAAUUACACCGGAAAAUGCUAAUAACUUACCUGGGCUGUAAGUUAAUAUAAAUUUAGUUCAGCAUUGCAGGUUAGAGCAUGAGAGACCAAAUUCUUAGUGGCCUUGUAGAUUCCACAGUGGAAAGAUCCACGAAAAGGCCCAAGGGAGUGGAAAAAAAAUUGUUCUUUCAUACUUGUCAUAGGUGCUGGAUUUUUUUUUAGGUUUGUACCUGUCUAAGCCUAGAACAGACGGUGGGGGGGGGAAAUCAGUUGCAGUUUGUAUUGAAUUGACUAUUGAGAUCAGGUAUUGCUUCAGUUCUAGAUCUAAUCUACUGUUUCCAGUGAUUUUUGCUUAAAAUCUAACUGUUCUUUCCUAUUGCUAUGCCAAUCCAGUGCUCUUGAUCCAAAUUGUAUUUCAUCAAGAACAUGAGCAUAGUUAGGAAUGAUGAUUCAUUAAGGGACGAGUAUGAAUUGAUAAUCUACUCUCUGUGCCUUGGGAAGUCCCCUACAAUGUUGUUACCUAGUCAACCAAUAGAGGGUGCCAGUAGCUUGGUAACCAGGAGUCUGAGAGACGAAAUGUUGGGUGUGUGUGUGCUUUUUAAACAGUUCCUAGAAUGGCAAUCAGAUCCUUGAGUUGGAAAAACAGUUGAUGCUGAGCUGUUAUUUUUAUUGUGUGGGAGCAGUAUGGCUGGCAGAGAACAAAAACCUGUUCAGUGACUAAUCUUUUAAGAAUGUUGGUGAUUUACUAAGUGUGCAAAUAGUUUUGGAUCAUGUGUGGUAAAGUAAGAAAGCAAAUUUGGAGCCUGUUUCUUGAUCCCUGAUCUGCAACAUCGCUAGUUCCAUCAUUUCAAGAUUAAUAUCCCGUGGACAUUGUUCUUCAGGAUCGGAGGAGUUGGUGAAAUCAAAGAAAUGCUAAACCUGUAUCGACAGACUUUUUUUUUGAGUUUUUUUUAAGAUCAAAUGUUGCAAAGCUGUUUGUACAUUCCAAGAACAGAGUGGUUGUAAUAAUUCCAUCAAUAGAAAAUUGAAACUUUUACUAUGUUAAUUCUCAAGGUAAUGUAUGAUUUCUUUUUGUUUCUUGUGCAUUGUUUAUAUUUUUCAAUAGUGUUGAACACUUGCGAUCAAUAAAUACCCAUGACAAGA